UCAGCUGUUUCAGAGAUUCUUGUUAAAUAAUAAAAAUGGGGAAGAACUUCGUCUGCGAGGUAUUGAACAACGAGGAUCAGAGACCUAUGACAAUCAGCAGUGAAUGGUCGACCGACGAAAUAUUCAAAAUAACAGUCUUGAGAGAAGGAACGGUGCCUCUGCGUGGUCAGACUACGGUGGAUCAACAGCUGCAGGAGUAUCCACGCUCUGAAGUAUCAAAAGAGCAGGCAAUCCUGGAUAUACAAGAUGAAUUGUCAGGAAACGACACCAGGGUUCAAUUCGUUUUGAGAGGUCCAAAACUGUCCUGGAAAAUGAACCUUUGGUGGAAGGGAGGUGUGAAAGUUGAGCCGAUUGAAAAUAUUACACUUUUUGCGAAUAUUUGCCAGAGAUGGUUAAGUGAGCAGGCCAAUUCGUACCGGGCCGAAGAAGAAAUGAGACGAGAAAACGAGGCUCUUAGACGUAGUCACACGGAACUUGUAGCCAAACUCAAUUCAUUGGAAAUUUCUAAAAAAAGAAUGGAGGAUUUUCUCUAUACAAGAUUUUUAUCAGUUCUUAAUGAGAAAAAGAAAAAAAUUAAACAACUUGAGGAAAGGUUAAAAGCAUGUGACAGCGGCAUGACUGUUUCUAAUGAACGAUCCGUGUACGACGAGGAUACCGAGGACGAACGAGAGAACAAUUCAAAUGACGAAACAAAGACAGAUGUGUGCAACGUAAUUCCAUCCGUAUCUGGGACCAACGUCAAUAAAACGCAGUCCGUCACGAAUAGUGAAGAUUUGCUCAAUCAGCGAUUCAGUUUUUCUUCAGAGAGUGAGCAGGAUGACAUUGAACUUAGAUUCCCAGAGACUCAGGAUAGUCUCAAUUCUAAAAUGGAGGAAGAGGAGGAGGAGCCUGAUUUAUUUUCUCAAUGAGAAUGAUAAGUGUGUCCGCGUGGCUGGCGUGGAUAUUCAACUCUGCGAUAAACGUUUUUUCGAGAAAUAAAACCAAAACGGUUGUAAGGAAAAACAGGCUGGGAUCCAUCAGGUUCAAUCAUUUGCCAAUGGUCAAACGGACAAAUUUCUGGUUUGUCGAGGAUCCCCAUGCGAUGAAAGAAUUGACAUGGUGUAGUUGCCUCUCGACUCGGUCCGCUUGGUAUUCGAAAUAUCAGAUAUUGGGUCCAAGGAUAACGAGGUGGAAGACUGAUGCUUCGAUUAAUUUUCGGUUCCUCCACUCCUACUAGUUCUCGAAUCCCUUUCAUAAUUAUCUGCUCGUGAUUAGAGAAUGAACACCUCAUUUUAGAAAUUUUAUAUUUUUCUGCUAACGCAGUCGAUUUAUGAGCUUUCCGGUCGAUAUGAAAAAGAAAAAGCAGCAGAUUAUAGACCUGAAUGUGAGAAAAUUUGUUUAUUCCGCAUUUUUCGAGGCCAAAAAUUUCAAGAAGCAUAAGGCGACGUCCGUUGAUCGAGUUCCGUCGAAAGCAAUCCUAAAUUAAUAAAAAAAAUUUUUUUUCAAUCAUCUCUCGGCGUGCUUAAAAUGGAAUAGAUGGAAGUGAUGACUUAAGGAGGGUGGCUAGCGACGAUACAAUGUAGCCAUGCUAAACCAUGUUAAAUACAUUAAAAAUUUCAAAAUGAUAAAAAUUUAAUAAAAU